AAGGUGUUAUGAUGAGGUGUACUGUGAACAUCAUGUAUCCAAGGUAUUUGUUUAACUGUAUGAGGAACGGUAGAGUAAGAAUGGGCAAAAGUUCCAGCAGGCUUGACAAUGAUGUUCUCAAGGACCUGGAAUUGAAUACACAUUUUUCUUCAAAAGAAAUUUUACAGUGGCAUAAAGGCUUUAUGAAGGAUUGUCCUGAUGGUUGUCUACAUCAAAAUGAGUUCCUCAAUAUUUAUCAGCAGUUUUUUCCAUUUGGAGAUGCUACAAAGUUUGCAACAUUUGUGUUUAAAGUUUUUGAUGAGAAUCAGGAUGGGUUGAUAGAAUUUACAGAAUUCAUCAAGGCUUUAUCAGUGACAUCAAGAGGCAAUGUGGAUGACAAAUUAGAUUGGGCAUUUAGACUGUAUGAUCUGGACAGAGAUGGGUACAUUAAUAAAGAUGAAAUGAUGGAAGUUGUGGAUGCAAUUUAUAAAAUGGUUGGCCCCAUGGUAACUUACCCUGAAGAUGAGAGCACACCAAAAAUGAUGGUUUCCAAGAUAUUCAAGAAAAUGGACAAGAAUUUGACGGAGAAACUUUCCAAAGAAGAGUUCAAAGAUGGCUCAAAAGUGGACCCAACCAUAGUGAAAGCUUUAUGCCUGUAUGAUGGCCUUGUAUGAUCCACUCCCUUCACAUUUAUUUAUAUUUUAUUUAUACCGAAACAUGACUUUGUAGAUUUUUAAAAUGUUUUGAUGUGUAAUUUUUAAUACAUUUUAUAAAAGAUAUAGGGCUUCGUAGUUUGGUACUCUUUUUGCUCUUGUAUUUAUUCCUUAUUUGGAAAGAAUUAUUUUAAAAGCCCAAAAAGUCCAAAUUUCUUGAAAUAUCCUGAUAAUUAUUGUAUACAAAUUGAUGUGAUAGUGGGAAAUUGUUUUCUAUUUCAAGUUUGGCAAGAUGGUGCAGUGUUGAAUGUUGUUGAAAGUAGCCCUCUUACAACUUACCAUCCUACUGUAGGCACUACUAUGCCUGUUUAUGGUCACUGAAAACUCAUUCCCGCUUACACAAAGCCCAGUGGGCAUCACAACCAAUCACAGUGUGUAGCUUGAGAUGUUUUACAAUUUUACAUAGAACCAAAAAUGUACCUUAAAAUUAGGGACAAAAAAAAUGUAAUGGUAAAUUGAAAAAUAGGUGGGGAAACACAUCUGUUUGCAUCGCAUUAUUAUAAUUAUGCCAGUGUGAUUUAAUUGUUAUCAUUUUAUGGAUAUUUGUCUUCUAAAAUGGGUUUUAAAAUGAGCAAAUAUGAGGAAGAAACCUAAGUAAGUAAGUAAGGAAAAUGACAUGAUAUUUUUUUGGUGGUGAGAGCAUUUUUCAGGGAUUGAAAAAAGUUUACUACAGUAUUUGCUUACUAGAAAGAACUUGAUCAUAUUCAACUGCUGAUACCUUACAAUAAGAAAAAACACUGAAUAGUUUCUUGAUGAAACUGUGACUUCUAUCAUCAUAUUUAAUUUAAAGUAAGUGCAAUGUUUUCCCACUUGAUGUGGGGUAUUUAUGUUGUCGUCGUUGUUGUUGCUGCUGUUGUUGUUUUUGUUUUAUGUGUUUAUUAGAGAAAGUUGAGUGAGGCUGUAAUGCAAAGCUGAUAGGUAGGUAGGUAGAGCCGAGCAGUCACCUACAGCCCAACAUAGGCACCGGUUCAAACAGUUCGCUCGCCCAGGGUUGUGGUGGUGAAACACAAACCCUAUCAUGUGGAUUUCAAAGAACCUUCAAAGACUUGAUGAAAGUGUCUGUGGGCUGCACCUGACGUGAUGGGACCUAGGGAAGUACCAAGUUACAAGUUAGUUCGUUCACUGAGUGCAUAGAGACUAAAGGUGCCGUAAUAUACGCUAAAUAAAUCUCCAACCUUUUAUUGUUAUUUAUUAUUAUACUGGUAUCAUACUGUGUAUUAUAAGUGGUUUUUUUUUCAUUAUAUAAAGUGGUUUCCAAAUAUGACAAGAACUAUGCUAUAUGCUGUAACAUUUUUGUCCAUCUCGGUCUGCAGUAUGUAUCCUAAAAUGUUAAUUGAUGUGAAUUCAGGUACUAGUUAAUUAGGUUUGCAUAUUUAUAACAUUUUGGUGAUGUGAAAAUGAUGUAUUAUUAACCUGUACCCAUUGAAAGUUGGGUACAAAGUUUUUAAUAUGUUCAAGAAAAUUUACUUUAUACAUUUGCAGUCAAAAGAACACAGCAAAACAAUGUUUUCCUAUACACAUUCCUACAUGGGCAUUGUAACUGUUAUUCUACUAAAUAUCAUACAGCUCAAGUUGCUGUAAAUUGCAAAUAAACAUAAAUGUUUGUUGAUCAUUUGUUGUUACCUGUGAUUUCUAACAGUACAUAAGUAACUAUGUUCAACAGGGUAGGCCUCCCUCCAUCGUCCAUUGUUAACGUACCUGCCAGCCUAUGUAACAUAACUCUGGCAGUAUUUAGCUUUUGUGUAAAGUAAAUAUUUAUUUUCAAAAGAAGUUAAUAAAAAAUAGAAUAAAA